AUGCCGCCACGACCCGAUCCUAGAAUGGCAGCAGUGCUAAGGGCAUUCGAAGUCCUAGGCAAUGCCCCGGAACAGACCCCAGAGGAACUUGAAAGAUAUAGGGUGACGCAAUGCUUGGAGCAGUUCACCAAGCUUAAACCACCUCAGUUCAACAGAAUCGGUGAAGCCUGCGAGGCUGAAAACUGGUUGAGGCAAAUCUUGAAGAUCUUGGAUAUCUUACGGACACCGGAGCAGUACCGUGUGUCCCUAGCUGUACACCAGCUUGUCGGGGAGGCUGACAACUGGUGGGAUACCGUCCGUAGCCUACGGACUGUCGCUGACCUAACUUGGGUAGAGUUCGAGCAACUCUUCCUAGAGCGGUUCUUUCCACCUGUCCUGAAGGCACAAAAGAUCAGUGAGUUCUUUGCUCUGACCCAAGGAAACAAGACCACUCACGAGUAUGUUGUGGCCUUCACACGACUACUUAAGUACGUGCCAGCAAUCGCCAAAGACGAUCAGAUGAAGAAACAGAGGUUCAUGGCGGGACUCCAAGACUCGAUUCUACUCGAGUUACGCUCGGACACUACCUUGAGCUAUAGUGAGUCCGUAGCUGCCGCCUACGCCAUCGAGGCUGAUGAAGCUGCAUACCCAAGACGUGGGGAUGGUCAGGGAAGCUCUCACCCACAGAAGAAUCGUUGGGUGCACCGAAGGAAGCUCCAAGGAGGAAACUCCCAAGGAUAUGCCAGUUCCAGCAGUAGCAGUGGAUCUUCAGGAAGACGGGGCCCUGCACCCUACACUUGUUUUGCUUGUGGCCAACCUAGACACACCAAGGUUCGCUGCCCGUUUGUUAACAACUCACAAGGAGCGUCUUCUGGCUCGGGAUUCCAGAAUCUGAGGCCAGCUCAGUCACUAUCGACUCAGAUAUCGCCAGCACCCUACCGACCACCGAACCCUACUCUGCAACAGUACCGACCACCUCAGCCGUUAGCAGUGAUGUACGAUCAACAGAUUACUGCACCUCGACCUGUCAACCAGGCAAACCAAGGAAGAAACCGUGGAGGACGUAGCCAGGGAGGACGUAGACAACUGUAUGCAAUCAUCGGUGGAGAGACUACUGAGGCUUCUGGCUCUGGCACCGCACUAGCUGGUACGAUACUCAUCUCUAACUCUGAACCCAGAGUUUUGCUUGACACUGGUGCAUCACAUUCAUUCAUCACUACAUGGCUAGCUGAGUCACUAGGACUAGAACCAACACCACUAGACGGAGUUUUCGCCUUUAAUACCCCGCUUGGUGUGGGCACUGGUGUAGACAAAGCCUAUAGGAAGUGCCAAGUUGUUAUUGCUGGUAGGAAGCUGCAAGCCGAUCUCUAUCCUAUCGAAUUGUAUGACUUUGAUCUAAUUCUCGGGAUGGACUGGCUGAGUAAGUACAAAGCACUCAUCGAUUGUGAUCGACGCGCCAUACGAAUCACUCCACCAAGCAACGAGACCUUCGAAAUAAAAGUGGCAAAACCCCUCUUACCUCCUAGUUCACUACUGAAGGCUUGUUUUCGAGGGAGGAGAACGCUUUCUUGUUACAGCAUCAUCGCUGCAGGGGAAAAGGCAAACAUGAAGACCAACUACUACGUACCGAUUGUAGACGAGUACCCCGACAUAUUCCCGGAGGAGCUACCAAGAUUACCCCCGCAUCGUGAAGUGGAAUUUCGUAUUGACCUAGUUCCCGGUAUGGAGCCGAUCUCGAUAUCACCGUAUCGGAUGGCACCAGCCGAGAUGAGCGAACUGAAGUUACAACUAGAGGAUCUAGAAAGCAAGGGAUUCAUCCGAAAGAGUUCGUCGCCAUGGGGAGCUUCUGUCUUGUUCGCUAAGAAGCCUGAUGGAAUUCUACGUUUAUGCGUAGAUUAUCGACGAUUGAACCAAGUAACGAUCAAGAACAAGUAUCCACUACCAAGGAUAGACAAGUUGUUUGACCAACUUGCGGGAGCGAUGUUCUUCUCUAAGAUCGACCUUCGAUCAGGGUAUCACCAGUUGCGAGUGCGUGAAGAGGACAUACCGAAUACAGCUUUCCGAACGCGCUAUGGGCACUUCGAGUUUGUUAUCAUGCCUUUUGGGCUGACCAACGCCCCAGCCGCAUUCAUGGAUCUAAUGAACCGAGUGUUUCGACUCUACUUGGAUCAGUUCGUGAUUGUCUUUAUCGACGACAUCCUCAUCUACUCCAAGACACAAGAGGAGCACGUUUAUCAUCUUCGCAUAGUUCUGCAAACACUAUCGGAUCACCAACUCUACGCUAAGAAAUCCAAGUACGACUUCUGGCUCACGGAAGUAAAGUUCCUUGGACAUGUCAUCUCUACAGCUGGACUUUCAGUGGACCCUUCCAAAGUCGAAGCUAUACUUAAUUGGGAACAACCACAGAAUGUGACCGAAAUCCACAGUUUUCUUGGACUGGCUGGUUACUACCGCCGCAUUAUCCAUGAUUUCUCUAAGAUCGCUCUACCAUUGACCAAGAUGACAAGGAAAGGCACAAAGUUCGAGUGGGACGACAAGUGUGAGAACGCUUUUGUGGAGCUUAAGACGAGGUUGACUACCGCACCUGUACUAGUUCUUCCGAACAAUGUCGACCCGUACCAAGUGUACACCGAUGCCUCGGGGAACAGACUAGGCUAUGUGCUUAUGCAAAAUGGCCAAGUUGUGGCCUAUGGCUCGAGACAGUUAAAGCCGCAUGAGAGGAACUACCCGACUCACGACUUGGAACUAGCUGCUAUCGUUUUCGCAUUGAAGAUCUGGAGGUGUUAUCUCUAUGGCACGCAAUUUGAAGUUUACUCGGAUCACAAGAGCCAGAAGUACAUCUACACUCAACGUGAUUUGAACCUACGCCAGAGAAGAUGGAUGGAGUAUCUGAAGGACUACGAGUUUAAUUUUCUCUACCAUCCUGGAAAAGUGAAUGUCGUCGCUGACGCCUUGAGCAGAAAGACGAGAAAGGAGUUUGGCUUGUAUCCCCAAAAGGGAAACCCUCAGGGGUACCUUGCGAGUUUGACUCUGAAGCCACAGUUAUUACAACUCGUGGAAGAAAGCCAGUGGAACGACCCAGAUACGCAUAUGCUCCGAGCACAGAUCUACACCGGAGAAGUCACCAACGAGUAG